AUGCCAAUCAACACUUCCUCCUCUGACGAUGGCGUGACCGGCGCUGCUAAAUUCGUUACGUCUGCCGUUGGCAAUACCGUAGGCGGCCUCACGCGCACGAUCGGCGGGGUCACGGGUGCGGCUGGCCGCGGGAUCGGCGACACCAUCACAGGUGCGACGGGGAGUACGGGACGGCCAUUGGGUGAUGGAUUGUCGGAUGCGGCGACGGGCGUGGAAAAUGGGACGAGGAAAGUUGCGCAGGGGGUCGAGGAUGCAGGCCAGUGGAAGAACGGGGCGAAAAGGUUCUGA